CCGAGCUGAUUCGUUGCCACGGAACUGGUAGUGUGACACAAAGYAUCUCGGUACCAAAUGCCUUCGGCUAUAUUCCGCCGACUGGAAGAACCGGCGGAGGAAUUCCUGUCGUCKAAAGCCAAAGUGGUUGAGGCGACCAGCACGGAYUCCUCUCUCACGGGAAUGAACAGCGUUUCCGAUCGAACGGUACACACGUCAGAAACCGAAGAAAAACGGUUGCUGUCGACCGAAGACGUUCCCGAGCUGGUUCCGGAGGAAAGCGAUGCCCCGAUUGCCAUCGAAUCCAAAAACAAACCACACGAGAAAGAGAAGCAGGCUGCAGCAAUGCCUCCCCUGAAAACCGAGAAGACSCCYGWGCGUGCUCCUUCUUCGGGCGCUGUUGCGAAUGGGUCGAGCACACCGAUCACUCCAGAUCCACCAGUAUCGAUGGAUAUGAAAAAGGAAGAGAACAAGGUGAACGAAUCCAAUAAACUGCCAAAGGGAACCGGUGGCGCCAAGGAUCGCGAACAAGGAACMAAACCGCAUUCGAAGGAAGGCAAGGAACCCGAGGCCACAAGUGCCGGAUCUCGUUCCAAAACGGAGAAGGCGCCCACCAAGUCCAGCCGGCGACACGGUCACCRCAGCAGCUCCCGUCGGGAGCGAAAGCGCCCGGAAGACGACGAGUCUUCCUCAGACGACGAUUCUUCCUAUUUUGCCACCCAUCUCCCGAGCCCCAAGAGUGGGCGGAGUUUUUCCAUUUCCAGCAAUGCAAGCCACGCCUCGGCGCCCGCCGGAUCCAGCCUUUUUCAGAUCAACAAGCAGGGRAGCGAUGCUUCCCUCUCGUUCUCGGACGAAAGCGAAGACGACCACGAUCCCAGAAAGGCUAAGGAUCGUAUCCUGCAGCCCAUGGAAGGUGGGGUUCACUUGUCUCCGGUGGUGCACCCAAAUAGGUCUGUUGUGGACAUGAAUCUCUACCCCCAGCGAAUCACCCGAAUGCACUCUGUGAGUUCUCUGGUUAGUUCUGCUAGUAGCGACAACAACAGGGAGGUCGAUUACGAUUCGGGCAGUGGCGAGGGCGAAGAGAGCAAUCGCAGGCGAACUUAUACGGGAGACGACAGUAUUAACUCGAGCCUUCCGAGUGUUGCCAGCACCGGGCCCGAARCGAUGCAUCRAGGCAUGGACGUAUCGGCUCGCGAGGGAGGCUACUAUGUGCAGGGUUCCCCUCAGCAAUCCCGYCAGCCGGCGUACAUGAACCAAUCCCCCGGGCUCGUCCCAGUCUUUUACUCUCAGCAACCAAUGACAAACCAGCAAAUGAUGGCGUGGGCAACCACACCGCCCAGCGACAGUGAAUUCGAAUACAGCCGAUCGAGCAGCACAAACAAUGCYUCCCAUGCGUACUGGAAAUCCAUGGCGUCUUCCCAUGGCUCAAAAAGUGGAAUCCAGUCGGACAAAUCCUUGGCGAGCCUCGUAUACAGCGAAGACGACGAUAUUUCCAAGAAACCCGUGGCUAGGAAAGCAUGGUCCUCGGGGUCCGCUACUGGAAAGCAGGCUUCGAAUCCGGGAGCUUCGGGUGGAAGGAGUAGUGGCAACCSAAAGGGAAACGGACUCGGCGGUGGYAGUGGCGGCAACACGRGAGAAACUCCAUCGGRUCGCCCCGGAGGAAACCCAGGCAGUGGCUSCCAGGGAGCGACCGGCGAUGCCGAAUCAAAGGGCAUUUCUGCAACUGAUGGAGGAUCUACAGAGAAGAUYGCGGUCCCGAGCACACCUACCGGUCGCCAGACCUUUACGGUGUACUGGCAACGUUGGAUUAUGCUCUUUUACAUGUCGGUCUUGAAUCUUUUGUCGGACUGGACCUGUUAUUCGGUGGCCCCUAUCUCGCUUUUGACGGAAGAAGCCUUUGGAAACAUCGACCCAGAACGACUGGUCGUUGUGUUUCUAGGCGCCAACGCAAUCGGUACUGCUUGUGAGCCCAUGCUUCUUGCCCGGCUGGGUCUCCGGCGCACCGUUUUGUUGGGAUCGUUGCUCCUCAUGAUUGGAAGCAUURUCAAGAGUGGAGGGCUGCCUCCAAUCAUGGAGCCAAGCYUCGAAAAAGGUCACGCAGAAUCGAGUUUGUACCUCGGAUUUUUUAUUGUCGGUCUUUCGCAACCUCUCUACCAGUGCACCCCCGCWUUGCUUUCGGCGUCCUGGUUCCCAGAGGAGGAGCGUACAAUGGCGACCGGUGUUGCUCUGAAUGCAAACCAACUUGGAAUUGGGUUUGCCUUUGUUUUUGGGUGCUUGUUGGUCUCGAAAGCCGACGACAUCCCGGGCUAUUUUGGGCUUCUCAGCCAGAUUUCAACGCUUUGCUUCAUUGGUACGCUGAUCCAGUUCGACGAUGCUCCGCCAACUCCUCCUUCGGCUUCGGCACGYGUCAUGAAAGGGAACCUGAAUUUCAAGAUACCUCAGUUUGCCGAUCGGCAACUCAAGCGAUACUUUUCGAGCAACCUGUCGAAUCCAAAACCCAAAUCACACGCCCCGAGUCCCGCUGCCAGCAGUUUCCCCCCCGAGGARGAGAAGGAAAAAUACAGACGAUCGUCCAAAUCCAAAAAGUCCGGCCGAUCGUCGUCGGGAGGCAAUCGUGGGGGCUCGGCGAGAAGACGAAAYUCUGCACAAAAGUUUCAAACCGCAAAUGCAGAAAACGGAUUGUCUGCUCCUUCGAAUGCGCAUUAUGGGUCUACUAGAGAGGCAAUGGACGAAGUGGCGAGGACGAAUGCGGAGCURGAAUCUCUCAUUCCAGUUGCGCAGGCGCCCUCGCCGGCGCCCAUGUCCGGAAACCCGACGGAUUCGGAUGCAGAUCUAGGUGCUCCCAACCGAGAGGAUGCAAAUCCYGAAAGUKCACCCGGUCUGAAUGCCGGUGCGAAUCCUCCGGGUCAGAUGCCAAUGGGUCCGCCUUAUCCBGGUCAGAUGCCCAUGCCUUACCAUUACGGUUAUCCACCCGGUGCGUAUCAAUACCMCCCCUACAUGGAUCCAAGGAUGAUGGAACAAAUGCACCAACAAGCCUACAUGCAACAGCAGAUGUACUACCAKCAGCAUCCAAUGCAACAGCCACCGAUGGGACCGCCGGGAGGAGCACCACCGAUGGGUGGGUAUUAUCCACCACCKCCCCAAAUGAUGAUGAACCCCUACUCGYACCAGCACCAUUUCCCUCCAACUCUUGCGGAWUUUGAUCCCCAAAGGAAUGCCUACGACAUCGAUGCCUAUGGCGAAUACGGUGCAGAGCCUACCGUCACCGUUACGAACCAUCACUUGGAUAUUGAUAUUCGCGACGAUCAGGUUGUCAGAUCUCUGCACGCUUGCAUGAUUCGACAAGGCUUCAGCCACGCUCUUGCCGCGUUUACUGUUUCYGGAAUCGUAAUCAAUACCCUGUCGACGUACAUGGACUAUCUCGUUCGUCUGAACGGAGCCCCAAGGUCCUACACCGGUAUUGUUGGAGGAGCCUUUCAGUUUGCAAUCAUGGUUUCCAGUUUGAUUAUGGGAAAACAAACCGAUAAUACCAGGGCUUAUUACUCCGUGACCACCGGUAUGCUUGUCUUGGGAGCCUUUGGUCUUGCGGAGUGUGGCGUCAGUUUAGAUUCGAAUCGAGGAGGUGAUUUGCGUUGGUCGUUGCUCUUGGUGGCUGUCYUAGUUGGGCCACUCCAGCCCAUUUCCACAGAACUCGGAGUGGAAGUUGCUUAUCCGUUGAGUGAGAACACCGUUCUCGUCAUCCAGCAGCUCUUUUCCAAUCUCUUGAGUGCCAUUUUCAUUCCGUUCUUCAAGUCUUUGAAAGACAUUGGAACAUCAUCGAUUGAAGACGGUGAAAUCGUYGAGCGUCCGGAGUACACCUUUUCGUUUUACCUAUUGAUUGUUCUCCACACUCUUGUCACGGUGUAUUUUGCUACCUUCAACGGCAAGUAUCUCCGAUACGAGCACGAAUUGCAGAAAAAGGAGGAAGAAGAAGCAGAGGUUGCCAGGCUCAACGGGGGCGAGCAUCAGCAGCAAUCCGUCCAUCCGUUGUACGCAAAUCAAGCUGSAGUGCCCUCUCAGCAAUAUAGCAGCUACCAAGGAGGGGAACAGCAGCCGCUGAUGUCUCAGAACGUCUAAURAGUUUAGCUCAAAAUAAURAUAAUGAAAUKAA